CUGAAAACUGGCGCAGAUUCAAGCAGCUGUUCCAGAUUUAUAUGAAAGCUUCAGGAAAUGCUUCAAAAGAUUCAGAUGUGAAAGUUGCUUUAUUUUUAAAUGCCGCUGGUGAGGAAGCAGUUGAAGUGUUCAACACGUUCAAUCUUUCAACAGGAGAUCAGGGUAACUAUGAAAAAGUGCUUGAGAGGUUUGAAGCUUUCACGACACCUAGAACAAAUGUUGUGGUGGAGAGAUUUUUAUUCAAUAAGAGAAAACAAGAAGAAGGGGAACUUUUUGAUUGUUUCGUAACUGACCUGAAAAAACUUGUAAAAUCUUGCGAAUUUGGUGAGCAGAGUGACUCUGUCAUACGUGAUCGCAUUGUCCUUGGAGUAUCAGAUGCCAGUUUACAGGAGAGGAUGCUGCGAGAAAAUAAUCUGAGUUUGGAAAAAGCAAUUGAAUUAGGGAAAGCAGCUGAAUUGAGCAAAGCUCGUGCUCAAACGUUAAGAGAACACAAUGUUGACAGCGUAACUAGAGAAAAAGUGAAGCAACAUCGGACAGGAGGAGCCAAUGCAGCCUUAGCAGUGAGGAAGCACAGAGGAUGGAGUGAUGACACUUCAAAUACUGAGACAUCUUUAUGUAAAAAAUGCAACAGACAUCACGUUAAUGGACAGUGUCCGGCAUAUGGAAAAAAAUGCUUUAAUUGUGGCAAACUAAAUCACUUUUCGACUAUGUGCAGACUGAAGCACAUCCAAAAUGUUUCUCAGCAUGAUAACGCAGAUGUAUAUAGGGAAUCUGAUAAUGAAUUCUUCGUGAAUUCCAUAAAUGUUCAAAGAACUAAAAGUGUGUGCUCAACAUCAUCUACAAAAGAGUGGACUAAAACUUUAAUUGUUGAAGGGACAACUGUGACUUUUAAGUUGGACACAGGGUCUGAAGUGAAUGUUUUGCCUGUGAAAACUUACGAAACACUGAGUGCUAAGAACUCUAAUCUUAUUUUAAACAAGUGUAAUGUUGUAUUAGAAGCAUUUGGGGGGUCCAAGGUUAAACCUGAUGGGUCAUUAAUGUUACAAUGUUCCUCAGAUGGUGUGGAUCAUACUCUAGAGUUUUUAAUUGUUUCUAGCAAGCAUAUACGUCCAUUAUUAGGAAUUGAUGCAUGUGUUAAACUUAAUUUAAUUCAGUUUAUAAAUAAGGUUGGAAUAUCAAUUAAAGGUAAGUUGGAUCAGUAUACAAUUGUUUUACCUCCAUCUAAAGAUCAAUUUAUUAUUAAUAAUUCAGAAGUGUUUGAAGGUGUGGGGAAAUUUAGUGGAUUGUGUAAAAUCAUGGUUGAUGAUCAGAUAGCUCCUGUAGUGAGACCACCACGUAGAGUACCACUUAGUUUAAAACCUAAACUUGAAUUAAAAUUAAGCGAAUUAGAGAGACAGGGCAUUAUUGCAAAAGUUGAUCAACCUUUGAACUGGGUUAGCAAUCUAGUAAUAAUUGAAAAAGCUAAUGGAUCCUUAAGAAUAUGCCUUGAUCCUCAAGAUCUUAACAAAGCUAUAAAAAGAGAACAUGUGUUGAUUCCAACAAUUGAGGAGAUUUUACCAAAGCUAUGUAAUAAAUCAAUUUACUCUGUUUUGGACUUAAAGGAUGGGUUUUUUUCAAAUAGCGUUAGAUGGAAAUAGUAGUGAUCUUUGUACUUUUAGCACACCAUUUGGAUGCUAUAAAUUCUUAAGGCUUCCAAUGGGUAUUUCCUGUGCACCUGAAAUUUUUCAGAAACGCAAUCUUGAAAACUUUGGUGAUAUACCAGGAGUAUUGGUCUAUUUUGAUGACAUCCUCAUUGCUGCUAGCACUAUACAAGAACAUGAUAAAAUUUUAACAGAGGUCAUCAACAGAGCUAAAAAACUCAAUAUUAAAUUCAACAAGCAAAAACUUCAAUAUAGGGUUAGUGAGGUUAAAUAUUUAGGUCAUUUAUUUAAUGCGUCAGGCAUGCGACCUGAUCCUGAUCGAAUUAAAGCCAUUACUGAGUUACAGGAACCUCAGAAUAAGCAUGAAUUACAGCGUGUUUUGGGAAUGUGUAAUUAUUUGAGGAAAUUUGUACCACAUUUUUCAGAGAAAACAGCCAUAUUAAGGGAACUUUUGAAAAACAAAGUAGAAUGGCAGUGGUUACAGCUACAUUCUAAAGCAUUCAGGGAA